AUGGGGGAAUAUGGAACUCUUUCCUUGAGAAUAGGAUCUGUCUUUGGAGAACUGACCAGCAAUGAUGGUUGUGACUCGGAAGGCACCAGACAUUACUUGAGGACAGCUAAAGAGAUUGGAUCAACAAGCAACUAUCAGCCUGCCGCCGUGGAAGCCCUUGCAACUUCAGAGAAUUGGUUUCUUAUUCAAGGGUCAAGCAGGAAAAAUAGAGAAGAUACGACUUCUCUAUCAAAGAAGGGUGGCGAGAAGAAAAAGGGCCAUUCUGCCAUUAACGAGGUGGUGUCCCGAGAAUACACUAUCAGCAUUCACAAGUGCAUCCAUGGAGUGGGCUUCAAGAAGCGUGCCCCUCGGGCACUCAGAGAGAUUCCGAAAUUUGCUAUGAAGGAAAUAGGAACUCCAGAUGUGUGCAUUGAUACCAGGCUCAACAAAGCUGUCUGGGCCAAAGGAAUAAGGAAUGUCCCAUACCGAAUCCGUGUGCAGUCAUCCAGAAAACGUAAUGAGGAUGAUUCACCAAAUAAGCUCUAUACUUUGGUUACCUAUGUACCUGUUACCACUUUCAAAAAUCUACAGACAGUCAAUGUGGAUGAGAACUCAUUGCUGAUCAUCAAAUACAUCAAAUGAACUUAUAAAAUUGCAAAAAAAAAA